GUAAAAGGUAAAUGGGACUGACCCCGCCACUAAGCAACCGCCAACCGUACAGCACCGCACCUCCCCUCAAGCUUCUCGGCCCUCCUCGCUUCGCUUCCAUUUUAUCCUAUUCCGCCUCUUUCUCUUCAUACUCCCUAUCUCUCUAUCAUUCUACCUAAAGGUUCAUCGAAUAUCAACACCAGAGAAUAGCCAUCAUGGAUGAGAUUGCUCCUGAAUACGACGUCAUCGUGCUGGGCACUGGAUUGACCGAGUGUAUUCUUUCUGGUGUUCUGAGUGUCAAGGGCAAGAAGGUCCUCCACAUCGACCGCAAUGAUCACUAUGGCGGUGAGGCAGCUUCCGUGAACCUCGAGACUCUCUUCAAGAAGUACGGAAACUUCCGCGAAGGCGAGGAGCCCUGGAAGCAAUAUGGUCGCCUCAACGACUGGAACAUCGACCUUGUCCCCAAGUUCCUCAUGUCCUCCGGCGAAUUGACCAACAUUCUCGUCUCUACCGAUGUCACACGAUAUCUCGAGUUCAAGCAAGUCGCUGGCAGCUACGUCCAGCAGGGUGCCUCCAACAAGGCUACCGUCGCCAAGGUGCCCUCUGAUGCCGCCGAGGCUCUGCGAUCUCCCCUCAUGGGUAUCUUCGAGAAGCGACGCAUGAAGUCCUUCAUUGAGUGGGUUGGCACUUUCGACCCCAAGGACCCCGCGACACACAAAGGCCUGGACAUCAACAAGUGCACCAUGAAGGAUGUCUAUGACAAGUUCGGCCUCGAGGCCACCACAAAGGACUUCAUUGGUCACGCCAUGGCUCUCUACCUCACCGACGACUACAUCACCACCCCCGGCCAGGCUCCCGAGGCCAUCCAGCGAAUCCGCCUGUACGGUAACUCUGUUGCUCGAUACGGAAAGUCUCCUUACAUCUACCCUCUCUACGGUCUUGGCGAGCUUCCCCAGGGUUUCGCCCGUCUGUCUGCCAUCUACGGCGGUACUUACAUGCUCAACACCAACAUCGACGAGAUCCAGUAUGAGGGCGACAAGGCUGUGGGCAUCGAGGCGACCAUGACUGGUGUUGAGGAGAUGAAGUUCAAGACCAAGGCCAAGAUGAUUCUCGGUGACCCUUCCUACUUCCCCAACAAGGCCAAGGUUGUCGGCCACGUCCUCCGAGCUAUUUGCAUUCUGAAGCACCCUCUCGCUGGUACCAACGACGCCGAUUCCGCCCAGCUCAUCAUUCCCCAGUCUCAAGUUGGCCGAAAGAACGACAUCUACAUUGCUUGCGUUUCUUCUGCUCACAACGUCUGCCCCAAGGGCUACUGGAUCGCUAUUGUCUCGACUAUUGCCGAGACAUCAGCUAACCACCACGUCGAGCUCCAAGCUGGUCUCGACCGCCUUGGCAAGAUUGAGGAGCAGUUCAUGGGUCCCCCUAUUCCCAUCUACGAGCCUCUUGAGGAUGGUACCAAGGACAACAUCUUCAUCUCCAAGAGCUACGAUGCCACCAGCCACUUCGAGACUACCACCGACGACGUCAAGGACAUCUACCGCCGCGCCACCGGCGAGGAGCUCAAGGUUGAGGGUUUGAGGGAAGGUAUCCAGGUUGCCGAGGAGCAGUAAAGAAUCUCAGCGACCUUCCUAGCAAAUAGGAUAAAAGAGUAACAAGGCCACACCACUGUAACAGAGCCGGCAGGGUAGGAGGAUUGUUUUGCUUUUUCAGAAGAUUGGCCGAUACCGAUGGUGCGUCUUGGGCACAAUCUCAUUAUACCUCUUUCGAUAGCAUCUCACACGACAACUCAAAUGAAUAUUGUUGAACUGUAU